GCGCGAACCGGUGCGCGCGGGCGGGUUCGAGGCCGAGUACUGUUAAAGGGAGAGGGGGGGGGGAUCGGCGACGGUCCUGGAGUCGUGGAGGGGGUUGGAGGGGUGACACGCGAGUCCGUGAUCCCGCAGCCAGUGCCGACGCGGACCUCCGAGAGGCAGCGUCUCGUUCGAUCCGCCGCUCCCGCUGCCUCCCGGCCCGGCAUGAUGCUGCUGCUGGCGCUGCUGCUGCAGCUGCUGCAGCUGAGCCCGCGAGCCGCCGCCUUCGACCCCGACCAGGAGGACUUCCUCAGCGACGAGGAGCAGCGCGCGCGCAACUACCUGGACUACGUGGACGCCGAGUUCGCGCGCCGCUCCACCGCGGCCGUGCGCGCCGCCUGGGACUACGCCUCCAACAUCACCGACGAGAACCUCGCCCGCAAGUUGGAGGUGUCCGCCGAGAACGCGCGCUACCAGAAGCAGCAGUGGCAGGAGACCAUCAAGUACCACUGGCAGUCCUUCAGGGACGCAGACCUGCGCCGGCAGUUCAAGAAGUACGCGGUGCUUGGCACGGCCGCGCUCUCCGAGGAGAAGCACGACAAGCUGGAAAAAUUAAUAAGUGAAAUGGAAUCGAUAUACAGCAAAGCGAAGAUCUGCGACUACAAGAACUCCAGCAAAUGUGAUUUAAGUUUAGAGCCAGAGCUGGUGGAGGUGCUGCGGACCAGCCGGGACCCGGGCGAGCUGCAGCACGUGUGGCUGGAGUGGCGGCGCGUGUCGGGCGAGAAGUGCCGCGCCUCGUACGAGCACUACGUGGCGCUGUCCAACGAGGCGGCCAGCCUCAACAACUUCACAGACAACGCCGAGUACUGGCUGACGGACUACGAGGCAAACGACUUCCCGGAGCAGGUGGACCGCCUCUGGAAGCAGCUGGAGCCACUCUACAAGCAGCUGCACGCCUACGUCAGGCGGAAGCUACGUGAGGCUUAUGGCGAUGAGGUGGUGUCAGCACGAGGUCCGAUACCGGCCCACUUGCUCGGGAACAUGUGGUCCCAAACUUGGAAUAACAUCCUGGAUAUCACUACUCCCUACCCUCAAGUCGAAGCAGUCGACGUUACCUCACAGAUGGUGAAACAGGGCUACAAACCGCUCAAGAUGUUCCAGCUCGCGGAGGAGUUCUUCGUCUCGCUGAACCUCAGCGCGAUGCCAGAGAGCUUCUGGCAGGACUCCAUCUUGGAGAAGCCGACCGACAGAGACAUCGUGUGCCACGCCUCCGCAUGGGACUUUUACGAUGGGAAGGAUUUCAGGAUCAAGCAGUGCACGCAGAUCAACAUGCAGCACCUGUUCACGGCGCACCACGAGAUGGGGCACGUGCAGUACUUCUUGCAGUACAGGGACCAGCCCACAGUCUACAAGGAGGGCGCCAACCCAGGCUUCCACGAGGCGGUGGGCGACGUGAUGUCGCUGUCCGUGUCGACGCCGCGCCACAUGCGCGAGCUGGGGCUGCUGGACGCCGACGCCGUGGACGACCGCGCGGCCGCCGUCAACUACCUGUACCUGCAGGGCCUGCAGAAGAUAGCCUUCCUGCCGUCGGCGCUCCUCAUGGACGUGUGGCGGUGGGACGUGUUCAAGGGCCGCACCGCCAGCGACCGCUACAACUGCGACUGGUGGAAGCUGCGGGAAAAAUAUCAGGGCAUCGAACCUCCAACUGACAGGACAGAGGAUGACUUUGAUCCAGGUGCAAAGUACCACAUCAUUGCGAGUGUUCCUUACAUAAGGUAUUUUGUGAGCUACGUAAUACAGUUCCAAUUUCAUCGGUCCCUAUGCCAGGUAGCGGGACAGUUUGACCCAGAUAAUCCUGAAAAGAUGCCUUUACACGAAUGUGAUAUUUACCAGAGUAAGGAAGCUGGAAAUCUACUUGGCAAGAUGCUGCAGAUGGGGUCGUCGCGGCCCUGGACGGACGCCAUGCAGGUGGUGACGGGGCAGCGCGAGAUGGACGCCAGCGGCCUGCUGCAGUACUUCAGCCCGCUGCUGGAGUGGCUGCAGCAGGAGAACAACAGGACGGGCGAGUACAUCGGCUGGGAGCCCACCACUAAAGUGUGCGUGAGCAGCCGGGAAGAGCUGGAGAGACUGCGUGGCGUGGAGACAGCCACGGAGGGGUAGCCGCGACUCUACAGCGGCGCUGCUCUGCCGUCCACGGCCUCUACACUACCAUGCCAAAAAUAACAUUAAAACAUAAUUUAUACAAGAUAA